AUGACUGACGCAGCGAACGAAGAACUACUGACUUAUUAUGAGAUUCUCCGAGUGGACGAGGACGCCGAGCCAGGUGAAGCGAAGGAGACGUUUCAGGAGCUGCAGAAGGCGUAUGAAGUAUUAUCGGAUCCUGAAGAGAGAGCGGCUUACGAUGAGAGACUGGAUAAGCUUCGGAAUCCUGUCUUGCCGCCUCCAAUGCCGAGCUCCUCCUAUUUUGUCUCUGAAGCAGAGUUUGCGCCACCCACCCGCAUACCAGCAAGACCUCGAUUCGCUCAACCUCCCCCUUAUCAUCCGCUGUUUAACAUGCUGAUUAUCAUAUCACCUGACAUUGUUUGGGUCAAAGCAAGGCUGUCUACAAGAGUCCAUCAUCCGCAAAAAAGCCUUCAUCCUUACUGGCGACCGAUUGUGGAACGAGUGCCCAUCCCUCCGCCCCCUCCUCCUCAAUUCCGUCCUUUCCCUUCUUCGAUUCCACCCCUGCCCAGGGAGUAUGUACAGAGAGUCACGGUAGAUAUGGAGGUUCAUAUGGCGAGAGUGAGAUGGUUGGCUGAAGUAAGAGCGAGAGGUGGAGGGUGUCGAUAA